AUGGCAACGUGCACAACUAACGAUCCACAUGAAAUUCAAAUGGAUAGCGAAUCUGAAGGCGAUUCUACUAUGGAAAUUGAUUCAGUUUAUUCAUCAGAUGUGGACAGUGGUGAAUCGGAUGAUGAAAUAGGAUCAUCGAAACAGCAAUCUACUGAUCGCAUUUGGAAGAAAACUGCAUUCAAACCACAUCUCUUCACCUUUGAUGAAACAAAUACUGAUCUUUCAUCGAACAUAGACGCUAUGAAAGAUGCUACACCUCUUGAUGUUUUUCAAUUAUUGUUUAAUGAAACAAUGAUUGAUCUAAUUGUUGAAGAAACCAACAAGUACCAGGUUUUUUCUAACAAAAAUGCUACAUCCUCAACAAGUUCCCAUCAAGCAAAAUGGACAGAAACAAAUCGCUCUGAAAUAUAUACUUUCCUAGCUACAAUUAUGCUUAUGUCUGUAACUAAAAAGAAUUAG